CAAGCCUCGGUCACGUGGAUUUCACUCCAUCCAUCGCCCAACCCGCCAGAAACAAGCCGUGGAUAGUAGAUCCCUUCCAUUGGAAGAUGAAUUGAACUACGCUUAAUUGUUCUUAUAUACGCAGUAGACUAUACUCCGUACCCCUUUCCUCAGUUGCAAAAUUCUUAGCUAGCAUAGAUCUGAUUCAUCUGCGGAUUAUUACCACAUCGUGUUCAUUUGGCGAGCUUUCAACAGGCCCUAGAACUCGCCAAGACCGGACUUCAUUAGCGCAUCAUCCGCGAGACAGACAAGAAAAAUUACACAGCGGAACAACGAUCCUUAGAACAUACGUUCGCAUUCGUAGUUCAAUUAUCAGACCAUGCCUUUCCAGCACCCCUUCCAGUGCAUACAAUGCCUGGGAAAUCGGGCGCGGGAAGCUCCAAAUUUCCUCGUGGGCGCUGCUGGACCAAGGCUCUAUGUGCUAGAUGGCCACACAGGUAAGUCGCUCUCUGUCUGGCCGUCGAAUAAAGAGAUGGCGGCGACCAAGGUCCCUCAUGCAACCAAUGCAGACUCGCAUAGUCAGGGCAAUGCUGAAAGUAGUGAGCCUCGUGAGAAAAGGCGGAAACUUUCACCAACAACCCAACAGGAAGCUGCCAGCGUUGAAGGAACCACGGCAUACGAGGGUAAAGCAAACGGGCCAGAUAAAUCGCAAGAGUCGAAACUGGCCUGGUCGACGAUCCCAAUUGUGACAGCCUCAAAAUCCGGGAACCACGUCGUUGUAGUUACUGCAGAAGAUAAAUGCAUCCGGGUCUUUGAGGUGAACACGAGCGGAGUGCUCUCUCAGUUGAGCGAACGAUGUAUGCCCAAACGACCAUGCGCAGUUGUACUGUCCAGCGACGAAUCUACCAUUAUAUGUGGAGAUAAAUUCGGAGACGUCUACUCUCUCCCACUCUUCCCAAGAGAAGACUAUAAACCACCUCCCAAGAAAAGCGCGCAGCUCUCACACCCAGCUCAGCCAUCUGCUUCUGUACUCACAGUUCAUACGAAGCGCAAUCUGCAAGCGCUCGAGCAGCAGCUGAAACUCGGCGCGAAGAUUUCAACUGAGAAAGCCAGCCCUACAUUCGAACUCAAACUACUGCUAGGACAUGUGUCCAUGCUCACUGACGUCGCAUACGUGGACUUAGGCGUCGAUUCCGAAUCCGCUGUUUGCCGACCUUUUAUAAUAACUGCAGACCGAGAUGAGCAUAUUCGGGUCUCCCGAGGGCCCCCUCAAUCCCAUAUAAUUCAGACCUACUGUUUAGGUCAUACGGCAUUUGUGAGUAGAUUAUGUGUCCUGCCAUGGAGCGCGUCGACUUUAGUAUCCGGUGGGGGGGAUGAUUAUAUUCUGGCGUGGCGUUGGGCAGAAGGAAAACUUCUGCAAAAGAUUCCGAUUCCACUAGACGGCAUUGUUAAGGAAUCGAACGAAGAGUCUGCUACCGCAGCGGAACCGUCCGCACCAGGAAUUGCGAUAAAUGGAAUAUAUACGGUCUCCUUUACAGACAAUUCUUCCUUGAGCGAGAAGGCACCCGGUGCAAUUCUCGUAACUUUAGAAGGGAUCCCAAAACUCUUUCCAUUCAGGUUUAAUCCUGAUGGUAACAUUACCGCGCAAAAACCCGUCCAUCUUUCAGGGAAUGCAUUUGGGGUCGUGUCACCUGAUAACAAGGGCAACAUUAUCGUAUCGGUCGACAAUGUACACAAGCCUGGAUCCACAACGGACCAGCGAAAAUCGCCAGAUACAGAGCAACAACUUCUUCAGGUGUUUUCAGUAACGUGGGAACGAGAAGAGUUUAAGUGGACAGAGGUUGACAGCAAGAUGGCCAUGGCGGUCAGCAAUCGUGGUACUUUUGCUGUAGCUAGUUCUGAAGAUGAAAAGGAGGCAAAAAAGCAUGCGCAGGCCCUCACACCUACGUUAUAUAGUGUCGGGAAUCUGAGGAAGUGGGGGAAAGGGGACGAUGAAUGAAUUCCCCAAAGCGUUCAUUGAAUCUACUACCCGAUUUUAUAGUCCUGUAUGCAAGUUAUGAAAUCUGCGCAUAGAGAAAAUUUUAUAAACAAUUGAAACAGGAACCUGAUACUCUUAAUUAAUCAACUUCUGGGUAUAUAUUAUUUCCAUUGUUUCAAAAAUAACAAAAUAAAAAGAUAUGACUGG